AUACGAUUAUAUAUGAUGCUAAUCAAUAGUAAGGAUAAUCAUGAUCAAAAUCUAACACAAUCCCGUCAAAAAGCAACUUCAACCUCCCCCCCCCCCCUAAACGAAACAGGUACGCCGAAACUCCGCAGUUACAUUGUCCCGAAAAGAGGUUCUUCGGGGGGAUGGAGCGUCAGGUGAACAGCGUAAACAUCGUCGACGGGGACAAGGCUGUUUGUUUAUCCUCCCGCUACAGCAUCACGCCCGGAGACUGUCUCGUGUAUUCCUUCGGCAUCGCAGGGGAUUGGAGUUUCGAUGACGCUAUGGCCGAGUAUGGGUGCCAGGUGUACUCGUUCGACCCGACCAUCGGCCUCGAGAACCACCAGCGGUCCGAGAGGGUCCACUUCUAUAACGUCGGCCUCGGGGGAGCGAACCGCACCGCUCUGAUCGAUGGAGUCAACGCCACGAUUCUCACCUUGGGUCAGAUCAUCGAUAUGUUGGGUCAUACGAAUAAGACGAUAGACUACCUGAAAAUAGAUAUCGAAGCGUACGAAAUUCUCGCCUUUACACAGCUGGCGAGCGAGCAGUACAGAUUAAGUUUUGUGAAGCAGGUGGGCUUAGAAAUACAUCCUCAGCAGCAAUACCACGAUGAAAUAUACACAAUAAUGACAAUGCUGGAGUACCUAGGUUUUGCCUCAUUUGACGCCCGGAGGAAUAUGCACCAGGAGCUGUGGUACACUCACCCACGCCUUCAGAAUCUCAUCUUGUCCUGCUGUUACGAAAUAGCUUGGGCUCAGGUUGACAAGAAGACGUGGUGA